AUGGGGUUGGAUCCAAAGGGCGAGUUUACCUACCGCGAUGGCGUCGCUGUCAUUCAACUGUUCUUCUUCUCGGCAUUCCUUAUUCUUGGUUCCGUGCUGUGUUUCCGUCAUGGAUUUAAGCGUUCAGAUGGAUGGAUCGCCAUUGUCACCUUGUCUAUCUUGCGUGUACUAGCAGGUGCAUUCCAGCUUGCUUCAAUAAACAACCCUAGCACGGCAACCUAUGGAGGCGCCCUCAUUUGCCAGGGAAUUGGUCUUGCUCCACUGACCUUGCUGAACAUGGGACUGUUCGUCCGAUUGAACAAAUGGGUCACCAUCAUCCCUCAACGAAUAUUCAGCGUUGCCUCAAUCGUGGUUAUAAUUGGUCUGGCACUCGGCAUCUAUGGUGGUUGGUCAUCCGCCGACGGCGACAUGUCAACCAACAGUGAACUCAAGGCCUCCGUCAUCAUCUUCCCCGCAGUGUAUGUGCUUUUCAUUGGCAUGUUCGCUCUCUUUGCACCCAGGUGGAAUGAACUGCCAAAGCCUGAAAGUGGACUCCUUGCUUGCUUCGCUGUGUCUAUCCCUUUCAUGCUUGCGAGAUACCUGUACAGCAUCAUCGGAGACUUCUCGCAACAUCUGCGCCCCGAAUUCAACCAACUGACCGGAAAUGUCACAAUUCUUCUUUGCAUGGCUGUUCUGGAGGAGAUCUUUGUUGUCGCGUUCUUUGUGAUCUCGGGCUUGCGGUUGGCGAAGCUUCCCGAGUCUAUGAGAGACAAACCCGAGGGCGAAACAGAAAUGGGGGCUCGACGCUACUAA